AAACAAAGUCGAUUAAAGUGGUUAUGUCUUCUUCCAGCGAGUAAAUCAGUGAACAGUGCAGUGCAAAAACAUCUCGAAUUUUUGUUUUUAAGCCACCUGUGAUGUGGCUUCUGAUCGUUUCUCGUGUUUGAAUCGAAUACCUAACUACAUUUCAAAUAAAACAGCUCCGACAAUGUUGGGCGACAGCGAUAUCCUCGACGAGGAGGCUCAAUUGCCUCAAGAUUUGGAAGAUGAUCUGGUUCAAGAAGUAUUGAAGACUGGCACUGAUCUUCGACAGUAUUCCACGCAAAUCGAAAAGGAAUUGCAAGAAGUCGAGAACAAGUCUAUUCAGGAUUACAUCAAAGAAAGUGAAAACAUUGCCAGUUUGCACAACCAAAUCGCUGCCUGCGACAACAUUUUAGAGCAAAUGGAAUCCAUGCUGCUGGGCUUCCAGUCAGACUUGGGCAGUAUAAGCGAAGAAAUUCUUUAUCUUCAACGAAAGUCCAUUACCAUGAGUCAACAAUUAACAAACAGACAAGUCAUUAGAGGACCUCUGAAUCAAUUCAUCGAGGAUAUGACGGUCUCGGAGAGUCUCAUAGCAGGAAUCAUGGAUAGUCCUGUAACCGAAAAAGAAUUCGUGACGAAUCUCGAGACGCUCAAUUAUAAAAUCAACUUUGUAAAGGAGCAGAGUUUCAAAGACGCGAAAUCCUGUAACGACGUGAAAGACAUUUUGGAAAAGUUGAAAAUCAAGGCGAUGACCAAAAUACGCACUUAUCUCUUGGAACAGAUAUACAAAUUUAGAAAGCCAAUGACUAAUUUCCAAGUGCCCCAAAACAACAUGCUGAAAUACAAGUUAUUUUUCGAAUUCAUUCUUUCUAACGAAAGGAACAUAGCCGAGGAAAUUUGCGGAGAGUACAUCGACACGAUGAGCAAAAUUUAUUAUUCCUACUUCAAAUCGUACUGCUCAAGACUCAAAAAGCUGCAGUUCGAUGAGAGCCCGUCAAAAGACGAUUUAAUGGGAGUUGAAGAUACCGCAAGUCGAGGACUGUUUCAUAAAUCACAUUUAAAACAUAGAGGGACAGUAUUUUCCAUUGGUGCUAGAGGGGAAGUUUUAUCUUCUCAAUUGGAAUCGCCGAUAAUAGUUCCGCAUACAGCUUCAAAAACAAAAUAUCACUAUGAAGCUCUCUUUAGAAGUGAGCAGUAUGCAUUAGUUGAUAACGGUUGCCGCGAAUACCUAUUUCUUACGGAAUUUUUCAAAGUCCGGGGCGCCCAGGCCUUAGAUAUUUUUAACCAAGUAAUGGGCAAAACUAUAAGCUUACUACUGAAAAACUUGCAAUCGUUCGUCGACGACUCUUACGACGCAAUAGCCUUAUUUUUGUGUCUGCAUCUCGUUAUGAGGUACCAGUUGAUGUGCCACAAAAGGGCAGUGCCGGCGCUUGACAAGUACUGGGACAACAUGACCUCGGUGAUUUGGCCAAGAUUUGAAUAUGUAUUCCGCUUGAAUAUUCAAAGCAUCAAAGAUUGCGAUCCGAUGAAAUUCUCCAGAGAAACGAGUCCUCAUUAUAUAACUAGAAGAUACGCGGAAUUCAGCGCUGCUAUGAUUGGCGUAUCCGAGGGUUUCCCAUGCGAAGGUGCUACGCAGCUUUUAGCGGAAUUGAGAGAAGCCGUCCAAUGCUUUUUACUCAGAAUGGCUGCGGUAUUUCCUCAAAGAACUCAUCAACUUGUAUUUCUCAUCAACAAUUACGACUUAGUGCUCGGUGUACUUAUGGAGAGAACGAGAGAUAACUCUAAAGAAGCCGAAAGCUUCAAAGAGCAAUUAAACGCCAGAUCUGCAGAGUACGUCGAAGAAAUUUUGAGUCCGCAUUUCGGUGGAAUUAUCCAAUUGGUGAAAGAAUCGGAAGUUUUGUUGGAGAAAGGUCAGAUGGAGGAUUUGAAGAGACAGGAGGGCAAAGCUUUGGCUCUGGUGCAGUCGUUUACGAACAACUGGAAACGAGCUUUAGAAGAGAUUAAUCGAGACGUGGUCAGGUCGUUCCCCAGUCUUCUGUUGGGAACGUCGCUUGUUCAGCGAGCCAUGACUCAGCUUGUUCAGUAUUAUCACAGAUUUCACAAAAUUCUGCCGGCCAACGUUCGUCCACAACUGACCAAUAUUCAUCAUAUCAUGGUCGAGAUUAAGAAAUAUAAAACCAACUACUGAGUUAUCGUUCUACCAUUCACGUGAGUUCUGUAAAUAAUUGAUUUUCACCAUAUCGCGUUAGCAUAAAGUUAUCAACUUAUUUUAAAGGAGAUUCGAUAAAAAUGUAUAAUACAUAUAUCUGUAAAGACGCGACGUCCCAUCGAUAAUUCCAUUAGACCCUAACGUUUUUGGUUGCUUUAUUAUUUUAAGUGAUGGUGGGACAUUACGUAUAUAGGCAAAAAUAAAAGAGAAUAGUAAAAAA